GUGAGAAGGGGAUUCUGUGUUCUGCUGGGGCGGGCCUUUGGAAGAUGUGAAGGAGUUGUCUAUUUCGUUCCACCGGAGGGAAGCUUCAGGUCAGCCAGGUGCCUGGAGUGUCAACCCUGUGUCAGCACUGAAGGAGCAUAGAAGUCCAACUUUCAGUUAGUAUAUCGUUAACUCUCAGUAUGCUGGCCUGGCUUCGCCAAUAGCAAGGUCCUCUCACCUCACUGUCUGUCUUCGGGUCAAUACUGAGGGGUGCCUCUGCAGGACAGGACCUCUGCUAGGCCCUGCCCUAUCCCCAUCCCCAGAGAAGCAGGGAAAGAAAAACUAGAGUCAGCCUCGAGGUGUAGCUGUUGGGUCCUCGGCAGCUGGCCAGAGCUGGUGGAUGUUGCCCUCCCCCGUUUCCAAAUGGUGUUAUUUGAAUAGGGACAGGGGACAGGGGGACAGAUGGUGGCACCGGCUCUAAAGGCAGUAUGGCAGCUGCACUAUUGGCUGGGAAGGGUGUGCCCCCACGGAAGUUGCUUACUUUCUCUGAGUCUCACGUUUCCUGGACUGCAAAAUGAACCUGUGGGAAAGUCUGUAUGACAGGGAAAGGAGGAGGGACCUAGGGCAGUGCCCAGUAUUUUGCAGGAACUGAAUAUCAUCACAGGAGCUCAGUAUUAUUGGCAUUGCUGUUGUCGGAUCAUUAAAGGGGUGGUACCCCUUUUCUCAGGCUCCUCUGAAAUGUCCGGUUUCCUCUGAACCCAGAGACUGAUGACAAGUCUGCCGGUGUCGUUGGGUGCAGCCAUAAGUUGCUGGGGGGAGUGUUUGAGGGGGAGAAGUCAGAGGGGGCUUUGCCCUCCUCCCUCAAUUCCAGAUGAGGAAAUUCAGGCUUGAAAAGGGAAAGAGAGCACCUCAAGAUCUCAUCCCUAGAGGACCCAGCAGCAAUCCAUUAAAAAGGAAGGCAGGGCUCUUGCCGCUGAGGGUGUGGUCAUUGGAACAGAGGUUUUCCAUCUAUGGAAGGUCCCUGAGGGAUUUUUCUUUUCCUUCCUAGGGCCAGCGUAAGAGGAGCGAAUGGCUCCGCUAGCUCAUCUCAAGAGUUAUGUGCCCUGGGAGGUGGUUUGCCACUUUCACGCUAGGGCUGAGUUGGAGAGAAACAGAGAGCCACCCAGGGUGAGGGGAGGAGCUCCCAGCAGGUCGAGAUUUGCCGAUCACUUGCCCAAGUGGCACCCUAGCUCCUGGAUCCUGGCUCCUGGCUCCUGGCCUGGGGAUCUCCCCGAAGUGGGGCUGGCUACUGUGAGGAGCCUGUUGGAGGCGGGGACCUCUUGGAGGGCCCAGGCAGUUUGGCUGCUACUUCUGAUAAAGCACGUGGUGGCCACAGUAGGUGCCUGCUUGCUCCCCAGCCUGGCCCGAGCCCAGUGCUGCAGAGAGAAAGUGAAAGGGAAAAAGAACUGCGGGGAGGCGGGAAGGUAGGAUGACCAGGGGACGAGCAGCCCCAGACUCGCCGCGGCGCCGGAGCAGCUGGCGGGAGGGAGAGGCCACAGGCAGCGCGCGCUGGAUCCCGGGGAACGGCGGCAGCACACAGUGUGCCACCAUGGAGUUGGGACCCCUAGAAGGUGGCAGCUACCUGGAACUUCUCAACAGCAAUGCUGACCCCCUGCACCUCUAUCACUUACAUGACCCAAUGGACCUGGCUGGAGAAGAAGAGACUGAGUUUCACUCAGCCCUCUUCCCAGAAAUUUCCUGCUUCAUCCAAGGGACUUUUCCUCCCAGAAACUGACAUGGACACCAUCAACUGUGACCAGUUCAACAGGCUGUGGCAUGACAUGGAAGGGGAUGAAGAGACCAGGGAGGCUUAUGCCAGUAUCGCGGAACUGGACCAGUAUGUGUUCCAGGACUCCCAGCUGGAGGACCCAAACAAAGACAUUUUCAUAGAGCACAUAGGACCAGAUGAAGUCAGUGACAGUGUGGAGACGCCGGCAGAAGUUGGGCUGAAAAAAAGUCAGAAAAGACCCUUCCCAGAGGAGCUUCCUGCAGACCUGAAGCACUGGAAGCCAGCAGAGCCCCCCACUGUAGUGACUGGCAGUUUUCUGGUGGGGCCAGUGAGCGACUCCUCCACCCUGCCCUGCCUGCUACCGCCUGCUCUGUUCAACCAGGAGCCAGCCUCCGGCCAGACUCACCUGGAAGAAACCUACCAGACGCCCAUGCCUUCCUCCAGUUCCUCGCUGAGCUGCCUGAAUCUCCCUGAGGAACCUGUCCAGUUCAUCCCCACCCUCUCCACUCUGCCCCAGGGGUUCUGGCAAAUCUCUGGGGCUGGGACAGGAGUCUCCAGUAUAUUCAUCUACCACAGUGAGGUGCCCCAGGCCAGUCAACCACCUUCUCCCAGUGGACCCACUGUCCAUGGCCUCCCGGCAUCUCCAGACCGGCCAGGCUCCACCAGCCCCUUCGCUCCAUCAGCCACUGACCUGCCCAGCAUGCCUGAGCCUGCCCUGACCUCCCGAGCAAACGUGACAGAGCACAAGACGACCCCCACCCAAUGCCAGGCAGCUGGAGAGGGCUCCAACAAGCUUCCAAAAUGGCCUGAGUCAGUGGAGCAGUUCCACCGCUUGCUGCAAGACACGUAUCAGACUGAACCUGCAGGCCCGGAUGGCAUCCUGGUGGAGGCAGAUCUGGUGCGUGCCAAGCUGGAGAGGAGCAGCAGCAAGAGCCUGGAGCGGGAACUCGCCACGCCAGACUGGGCAGAGCGGCAGCUGGCCCACGGAGGCCUGGCUGAGGUGCUGCUGGCUGCCAGGGAGCGUCCGCGGCCGCGUGAGACCCAAGUGAUUGCUGUGCUGGGCAAAGCUGGUCAGGGCAAGAGCUGUUGGGCUGGGGCAGUGAGCCGGGCCUGGGCUUGUGGCCGACUUCCCCAGUACGACUUCGUCUUCUCUGUCCCCUGCCACCGCUUGAACCGUCCGGGCGAUGCCUACCGCCUGCAGGAUCUGCUCUUCUCCCUGGGCCCACGGUCACUCGUGGCAGACGAUGAGGUCUUCAGCCACAUCUUGAAGAGGCCUGACCGUGUUCUGCUCAUCCUAGACGCCUUCGAGGAGCUGGAAGCACAAGACGGCUUCCUGCACAGCACGUGCGGACCGGCGCCCGCAGAGCCCUGCUCCCUGCGAGGGCUGCUGGCCGGCCUUUUCCAGAGGAAGCUGCUCCGAGGCUGCACCCUCCUCCUCACCACCCGGCCCCGGGGCCGCCUGACCCAGAGCCUGAGCAAGGCCGAUGCCCUGUUUGAGCUCUCCGGCUUCUCCGUGGAGCAGGCCCAGACCUAUGUGAUGCGCCACUUUGAGUGCUCAGGGAAGACGGAGCAGCAAGCCAGAGCCCUGGCGCUCCUCCGGGACCGGCCAUUCCUCCUCAGUCAUGGCCACAGCCCCACUUUGUGCCAGGCAGUGUGCCAGCUCUCAGAGGCCCUGCUGGAGCUGGGGGGGGACGCCGAGCUGCCCUCCACGCUCACGGGACUCUAUGUCGGCCUGCUGGGCCCUGCAGCCCGUGAUGGCCCCCCGGGGGCCCUGGCAGAGCUGGCCAAGCUGGCCUGGGAGCUGGGCCGCAGACACCAAAGCACCCUACGGGAGGACCACUUCCCAUCCGCAGACGUGAGGACCUGGGCAGUGGCCAAAGGCUUAGUGCAGCACCCGCCGGGGGCCGCCGCGGCCGAGCUGGCCUUCUGCAGCUUCCUCCUGCAGUGCUUCCUGGGGGCCAUGUGGCUGGCUCUGAGCGGCGAAAUCAAGGACAAGGAGCUCCCGCAGUAUCUAGCAUUGACCCCCAGGAAGAAGAGGCCUUAUGACAACUGGCUGGAAGGCGUGCCACGCUUUCUGGCCGGGCUGAUCUUCCAGCCUCCCACCCGCUGCCUGGGAGCCCUGGUGGGGCCAUCGGCGACUGCCUUGGUGGACAGGAAGCAGAAAGUGCUUGCGAAGUACCUGAAGCGGCUGCAGCCGGGGACGCUGCGGGCUCGUCAGCUGCUGGAGCUGCUGCACUGCGCCCACGAGGCCGAGGAGGCUGGGAUUUGGCGGCACGUGGUGCAGGAGCUCCCCGCCCGCCUCUCGUUUCUGGGCACCCGGCUCACACCUCCCGAUGCACAUGUAUUGGGCAAGGCCUUGGAGGCGGCGGGCCGAGACUUCUCCCUGGAUCUCCGCAGCACUGGCAUUGACCCCUCGGGAUUGGGGAGCCUCGUGGGACUCAGCUGUGUCACGCAUUUCAGGGCUGCCUUGAGUGACACAGUGGCACUGUGGGAGUCCCUACGGCAGCAUGGGGAGACCAAGCUACUUCAGGCAGCAGAGGAGAAGUUCACCAUCGAGCCUUUCAAAGCCAAGUCCCUGAAGGAUGUGGAAGACCUGGGAAAGCUCAUGCAGACUCAGAGGACGAGAAGUUCCUCAGAAGACACAGCUGGGGAGCUCCCUGCUGUUCGGGACCUAAAGAAACUGGAGUUUGCGCUGGGCCCCAUCUCAGGCCCCCGGGCUUUCCCCAAACUGGUGCGGAUCCUCAUGGCCUUUUCCUCCCUGCAGCAUCUGGACCUGGAUGCGCUGAGCGAGAACAAGAUCGGGGACGAGGGUGUCUUGCAGCUCUCAGCCACCUUCCCCCAGCUGAAGUCCCUGGAGACCCUCAACUUAUCCCAGAACAGCAUCACUGACGUGGGUGCCUGCAAACUCGCGGAGGCCCUACCUUCCCUCGCGGCAUCCCUGCUCAGGCUAAGCUUGUAUAAUAACUGCAUCUGCGACGUGGGUGCCGAGAGCCUGGCUCGUGUGCUUCCCGACAUGGUGUCCCUCCGGGUGAUGGACGUCCAGUACAACAAGUUCACGGCUGCUGGGGCCCAGCAGCUCGCCGCCAGCCUUCGGAAGUGCCCUCACGUGGAGACGCUGGCGAUGUGGACGCCCACCAUCCCAUUCAGUGUCCAGGAACACCUACAGCAGCAGGACUCACGAAUCAGCUUGAGAUGAUCCCAGCUGUGCUCUGGACAGGCAUGUUCUCUGAGGACACCAACUGCGCUGGACCUUGAACUGGGUACUUGUGGACACAGCUCUUCUCCAGGCUGUAUCCCAUGAGCCUCAGCAUCCUGGCACCCGGACCCUGCUGGUUCAGUUUGGCCCCUGCCAGCUGCAGAAUGAACCACGUCUUGCUCUGCUGACAGACACAGGCCCGGCUCCAGGCUCCUUUAGCACCCAGCUGGGUGAAUGCCUGGUGGCAGCUGCAGUCCACCCAGGAGCCUUGAGGCCCUCCCAGCAGGAUACUGUGGACAGCCACGGCCAAGCCAGAGGGAGUGACGGAGGCAGCCCCAUUCUGCCUGCCCAGGCACCUGCCACCCUGGGAAGAAAGUACUUUUUUUUGUUCGAGACAGUCCCAGGCUGGAGUGCAGUGGAGCAAUCUGGGCUCACUGCAACCCCCACCUCCUGGGUUCAAGCAAUUCUCCUGCCUCAACCUUCAGGGUAGCUGAGAUUACAGGCACCCACCACCAUGCCCGGAUAAUUUUUGGUAUUUUUAGUAGAGACAGGGUUUUGUCAUGUUGGCCAGGCUGGUCUCGAACUCUUGGCCUCAGGUGAUCUGCCCACUGCAGCCUCACAAAGUGGUGGGAUUACAGGCAUGAGCCACCACAUCCGGCCAUAGAGAAAGUACUUCUCCACCCUGCUCUCUGAUCCAGACACCGUGACAGGGCAUACUGGAUGCUCAGAAGACACUGACGGGCAACCCCCAGCGUGCUAAUUCCCCAGAUCGCAACAGGCUGGGCUUCUGUGGCAGCUUCUGUGGCUCUGCCGGACUCUAUGCACUGACUUUUUUGGCCAAGGCCAAAGCUAGGCCUGGCCAGAUGCACUGGUCCUUAGCAGGGAAACAGCUAAUGGGACACUAAUAAGGGCGGUGAGAGGAGAACAGAUUGGAAGCACAGCUUCAUUUCCUGCGUCUUUUUUCACUACAUUAUAAAUGUCUCUUUAAUGUCA